CUCCACUAUUCUAACGUAACAGCUUGUUUAGCAAGCUGCAGCCUGCAGCACUAUCUACCCUUAAAUGUGAAGUAGGUUGAAUUUAAAACGUUGCGGACACAAUAUGUAACAGCCUACGGUUUUAUGGAGUAUUAAAGAGGCUGCAGUCAUGGGCCCAGACACUGCAUCUGUCCCAAAAACAGAAUCCUCAGAGGAAAGUCCAGCUGAAGUUGUUGUGAAGGUAAUCUCAGAAUCAGAUUCCAACGAUGCUUCAACCUCCACUGAGCCUGAGAACUCCAAACAACCGGAGAGCAGCAUUUCAGACAAGUGCUACUCCUGCUCUGUUUGUGGCAAGGCAUUCGACAGACCGUCAAAGCUAGAGAGGCAUAAACCUGUCCACACGAGGAAGCCUAAGAUUGUUCAUCAGUGUCAGCAUUGUGAUAAGAGCUUCACACAACAGGAGAAGCUGAUCCGACAUCAGAAUUGCCACAACAGGACUAACAAGCACCCGUGUCCUGACUGUGGGAAAGUGUUUAACAGGCCUUCAAAGUUAGAGAGACACAAGCGCACCCACUCAAAGAAACCAAAGGUUCCUCAUCAGUGUUCGUACUGCAUGAAGACGUUCAGUAAACUUAAUAAACUUGUCCGUCAUAAGCGAAUGCACACUGGGGAGAAACCUUUCACCUGCUCGGUCUGCGGAAAAGGAUUCUCCGAGGCAGGUCACUGCAAAGCACAUGAAAAGACUCACGAGGAGCAGCCAGAAAAACCUCACUGCUGCGCCGACUGCGGGAUGUGCUUCUUCAAGGCCUCAGAGCUACGUCGGCAUUUCCGCUCCCACACGGGAGAGAAACCUUUCAGAUGCACCCUGUGUGAGAGCUGCUUCUCCCGCUCAGAAGGACUGAAAAGACACAUGAGGAGCCACACAGGGGAAAGACCAUACAAAUGCAUCAUCUGUGCAAAAGGAUUUUAUUCUCGUCAGGAUUUGAAUAUUCAUGGAUUGACCCACUCAGGAGAGAAACCACAUCUUUGCCCUGUGUGUGGUAAAGGCUUCUCACAGCUGGGCAACAUGAAAGAACACGAGCAAAAUGUUCAUAUUAAGUCGGAGAAAUAUAUUUGCAAUGAGUGUGGGGCAACCUUCACACGGUACAAAUCACUGACAAAACAUCAGCGGACACACACGGGGGAAAGACCCUAUCUGUGUCUCACCUGUGGUCGCAGGUUUUCGUGGAGCCAUUCUCUAAGCAGACACAGGAGGACACACACACACAGACAGAUGUCUAUGGAGACAUCCAAGGACAUAGUGAGUUUUGAAGGACCCUCUGAGAAACCUAGCAGUUGAAAAUAGACGUGAAAUUCUAAUAGAAGGACAUUCCAUCAAGAUAUCUUCCUGGAGCCACAGUCAAGCUAGAAUUUACUAAUUUGUAGUCAUUUGUAGUGUAUUGAGAACUAAUUUUAAUGCUUUGUGAUGAUUCACCUUGCUGUUUGCUUUUUUAAUUUGUCCACAAAAUAUCUCUUAGGCAUUCUUAGUACAGGGCUUCAGAUUAGCUGUUUAUUAUCCCAAUAUUUUUUAUUGAUCCAAGCUUAUCAAACUGUCUUGGUGGUUACAAUUUAUAUUUUGUUGAUUGGGUAAAGACAGAUCAUGUGACUUUUUAAGUACACUGCUGUAUGUAGUGAAGCUCUCUUCCUUUAUGACAGACUUGGACAUGCCUUUAGAAAGUGCAUAACAAUAUCUCAUAUCUUCGAACAAAUCCUGUUUGUUAUUAACCAAACUAUCAGUCACAACCAAAGUAGAGUUGCCCUGCCAGAGCGCCUGAAACUCUUAUAUGACAUGCAGCCAAACUGAUACUGAAUAAAGGAUAUUAACCAAGUCUCUGCAACUGUAUGAUAAAAUGGUAACUGUAUGUGACUAAAUCGGUCCUAUAUUGAGAGACUUCUGCAGCUGGUAGCAGCAAAACAGGUAACAUUGUAACCACACGACGCACGUGCACCAAUUUAAAUCCAUGUAAAAUGCUUGUCUCUACCACUGACACACCCAGACAAUUAUUAUAAGUGUCUGACAGCUUAAGGAAAGGAUUCCUACAGAGAAAGACCCUUUUGUUAAAGAGUAAAACCAUUUUUGUUUAACCAGAAACAACCCAUCAUCAAUUCCACCAGGCUCCAUUUAAUUUUACAGUAAUUUUAGCUUGUACACAGCCAGCAUAUGUCAUACAUCUAACUGGGUGAAUUAAGGGUUUAUUUCGACCAAACCAGAGUUGGUGAUUGUUAGAACAGUUGAAAGACAAAACAAGAUGGGUUUUGUGAGCUUUAUUUUGUUUUUGUUGACUCUGAAUAAAGUGUGUUUCAUUGUAAUAAAAUGACGGUUUAUUUAAAUGGAGUCUGGUGGAUUUGGCCAUAGUGGUUUUGGGGUUGUUUUUGGUAAAAUAAAAAGGAUCUUAAAGUCUGUCUUUGUAUGAAUACUUAACAUAAAUUGUCAAACACUUAAAAUAACAAUCUGAGCCUGUCAGUGGCAAAAAAUAAGCACUUUUAAUGGACAUAAAUUGAAGGUGCCAAAUGCCCUGAGUGGUCCUAUUGUAGCCUGUUUUGCCGCUGCCGUCUGCACUUGUCUCACUCAAUACUGGACCAAUUUCAAAAACUGUUCCUAUUAGUUACUUGGACACAAAAAUAUGGGAAAACAGGGUCCCGUUUGAAAAUACCAAACCCUACCCUUUAACGGAGGUAUCAGACUGAAGUCUUGACUGAUCUCAGUAAAUACAUGCUUUCCAGUCGCAAUUAACUUGAUCUGAUAUAAUUUGCUACCUCACAGAAGGCACACAAACAUUAGGGAGCACAAGAUUUGUGCAUUGUUCAGUCCAUACCAGCUGCCGAGUGACUUCCUUUUUUUUUAAUUCUGUUAGCUAGUUGCCCAUUAUGAGCGGUUAAAUGCCAAAAAUAGACAAUUUUUGUACUCUUAUAUGAAACUAUUAUAAUUUAUCUCAUUUUUAUGAAUAAACCUUCACAGAAUGGUUAAUGCUAUGCUGGAUCAGAGCAGAAAAGUGCUGUUACACUACUCGCUGUGCAGGUAUCUUACCUCUAACUGAUGGGAAACAGCUGCUGCAAGGUCACUGAUGGCAGUGCAAGAGCUUUAAAUCUCACAUGUUGAGUGGUUUAACCAGUAGAACAGCAGUAUUUUACCUCUGGUGUGAGCUGUGUACAAUUAAAAUGAAUAUAAAAAUUUGUCCUUCACUGAUUUUUUUUAAAUUUCAUUUUCAUUUUAUACUAUUAUGUAUCACAUAUACAUUGUGUGAUGAUGUAAUCCAUUGAUUUUCCUUGUGAUACUAUGGUAUGGUUGCUUAAUAAACGGAUACAUUACAUUGUGCUGUAGUUCACUGCAUAGUAACAGUGGAAUAGCCUCCAUACAAUUCAAAAUAUAUAUUCAAAUAAUGUGCUCAAAUGUAUUUUUAGUUGUGCUGAUAAACAUGUGAACUGAACCU